UGAGCCUGUUCUUUGCGGUGGCUCCGCCCCCCGCCCCGCCCCUUCUGUCCUUCCAGGGAAGUUGGGCGCCUCUGGAAGGACCUCGUUCACACGACACGAUACACGCGGGUUCAGGUUGCAACCGGGAGGGAUUUCUGCGAAAGUUUAAUGGUCGGGGGAGGGGCGACGCUGGUUCGCGCAAGUGAUUAGAAAGAAGGCCACGAGGUGCUCACCAACCCCACUGGCCUGUUGUGUGAACAGGGCCUUCGACUGAGGGAAAGCAUGAGAGAAGAAGCCAUGGGUGGAAACUCAUCAAGGAAAAAAGCAGCCUAGAAGAACUAAGGAGGGAUUUCCUGACAGAACAAUUAACCAGUGGAACGACUUGCCUCCAGAAAUUGUUGCAACAAUGCAGGCAUUUCUGAAAGGUCCAGUCAGUGCUAAACCUCUCUCUACUAAAGAACGGGGAGCUGCUGCAACUGCAGGAAGCAGUGGGGAGAGCAAGAAAGUCAGACCCAUUCCUUGGGUCGAAAAAUACCGACCAAAAUGCAUGGAUGAAGUUGCAUUUCAAGAGGAAGUUGUUGCAGUACUGAAGAAAUCCUUACAGGGAGUUGAUCUUCCCAACCUCUUGUUCUAUGGCCCUCCUGGAACUGGGAAAACAUCUACUAUUUUGGCAGCAGCUAGAGAACUCUUUGGUCCUGAAUUGUUCCGGCAGAGAGUCCUUGAAUUAAAUGCAUCUGAUGAACGUGGAAUACAAGUCAUUCGAGAGAAAGUCAAGACUUUUGCCCAAUUAACAGUAUCGGGAAAUCGUUCAGACGGCAAACCAUGUCCGCCUUUUAAGAUCAUAAUCCUGGAUGAGGCAGAUUCUAUGACCUCGGCAGCUCAAGCAGCUUUAAGGCGCACCAUGGAGAAGCAGUCUAAGACCACACGAUUCUGCCUUAUCUGUAAUUACAUCAGUCGAAUCAUUGAACCGAUUACAUCUCGAUGCUCCAAAUUUCGUUUCAAGCCACUUUCUGACAAAACCCAACGCCAGAGACUUCUAGACAUUGCUGAAAAGGAAAACGUGAUGAUCAGCAAUGAGGCAAUCGAUUACCUUGUUCAUGUGGCAGAAGGAGAUUUGAGGAAAGCAAUCACACUUCUUCAGAGUGCUACACGAUUGACAGGCGGAAAAGAAGUGACAGAGAAAAUUGUUAUUGAAAUUGCAGGGGUUGUCCCCAAAGAAAUAUUGGAUGGACUGCUAAGUGCCUGUCAGAGUGGCUCUUUUGAAAAGCUGGAAGCUGUAACAAAGAAUGUGAUCAGUGAAGGCUAUGCAGCUACUCAACUGAUAAAUCAGCUUCAUGAUAUCAUCGUUGACAAAGAAGACCUCAAUGACAAGCAAAAAUCUGUAAUUAUAGAGAAAUUUGCUGAAGCAGACAAGUGCUUGGCAGAUGGUUCUGAUGAGUUCUUGCAGUUGAUCAGCGUCUGUGCAGUCAUGAUGCAGCAGCUAAUUCAGAAUAGCUAACUGUAGGGGAUAAGUGGCCUUUUGAUGGCCGUCACUGACCUUUUCUCUGCAGUUUUGGCACACAGUUUGCAAACUGUUCUGUAAAUAUAGACUUUGCUAUGGA